AUGGAGUCUUACAAGGAGUUGACUUGUGAGUUUUUGGCGUCGAUGAAGCAUCACGAGUUUGAUGAGCUCGAUCGAGCUGAGUUGGACCGAGGCUGGGGGUACAUAACUUUCCUAGCAAAGGGAGAGAAGAAGAUGGUGACCUUUAGGCAGCUUGAGAUACUGUUUGGGUUCACCUAUGGAGAAGGUAACCAUGGAACAUCAAGGAAGAAGAACUCCAAAGAUGAAGCUCCUUACCAUGGGAAUCAAGCCCAUCAUCUCACGCACAAGGAUGGGAAGAAGAUCAGAGGAGACAGGGCACACGCAGGGAAUCUCAUGCCUCUCCUUGAGCAGCUCCAAGCCUACAAGGUCACAGCUUACAACACUAGGCACCAAAGAGGAAGAAAGCUUAGUGUUGGAGGGGUGAUCACACCAAUUCUUUGUGCAGCAGGAGUUCAAGUGGACAAGAGAAGGUCUACUCCACCAGGUUGGAUGGACAUCAAGUUUUGCAAGACCAACCUCCUCAUUGAGCACAAGGAGUUGGAUGGGAGAUUCCAAUUCAAGUUCACCCACCCCACGGCUGGACUCUCCAAGCUUCUUCUGCCCAACCCUGAGCUCACCACGGUCCUAGGAGGUACAAACAUUGACUUCAGACCCCCUGUGUACACUUUGGUUGGGCAUGAAGCGGAUUUGCAAGAAGAAGAGAUCGAGCUCGAUCGAGCUGAGGAUCGAGCUGAGUCAGCUGAGGAUCGAGCUGAGUGCAGGAGAGAGCGCUGA